AUGCAGGAGGAGGGGGUGGAGGAGGAGGAAGAUGCCAUGUCUCUCUCCUCCUCCCCCUCAGUCCUGUUUAUAGACAACCUAGAGGAGGUGCCUGCUGCUGAGACACCAAGUCCUCCCGAGAGUCCUCAGCGUGCCUGCCCCUCCCCUCCUGCCAUGGAAGCCUUUCCAUACAGCCAAUCUGAAGAUGAGAGCUCCAGCAUCCAAAAUGAAGAGGGUCCAAACACUGAGGGAGGCCCUGAAGAUGAUGCCGAUUUCUUGCUCCACAAAUCACUGCGUUCGAAGAUGAUGGAAAUGGUGGAGUUCCUGCUCCUGAAGUAUCGUACAAAGGAGCCAACCACAAAGGCAGAAAUACUGAGUAGUGUCAUCAAAGAGCACCAGGACCACUUUCCUGAGCUCUUCAGUGCGGCCGUUGAGUGCAUUGAGUUGGUUUUUGGUGUUGUUGUGAGGGAAGUAGACCCCAGUACCCACACCUAUGUCCUGGUCACUGCCUUGGGGCUAACCUAUGAUGGGAUGGUGAGCGAUGAGCACAGAUUUCCCAACACAAGCCUCCUGGUGACACUUCUGUGUGUGAUCGCCUCAGGGGGUGAUUGUGCCACUGAGGAGAAAAUCUGGGCUGUACUGAAUGAUUUAGGGGUGCAUGAUGGGAAGGUACAUUGGCUCUAUGGGGAGCCCAGGGAGCUCAUCACCAAAGUUUGGGUGCAGGAACAGUACCUGGUGUACCGCCAGGUGCCCAAUAGUGAUCCUGCACGCUAUGAGUUCCUGUGGGGCCCCAGGGCCCACGCUGAGACCACCACGGUGGAAGCCCUCAAGUUUAUGCACACGAUCCCUGACUUGGUGGUGGGGGAGCUGUUCUGGGCUAUGCAGGAGGAGGGGGUGGAGGAGGAGGAAGAUGCCAUGUCUCUCUCCUCCUCCCCCUCAGUCCUGUUUAUAGACAACCUAGAGGAGGUGCCUGCUGCUGAGACACCAAGUCCUCCCGAGAGUCCUCAGCGUGCCUGCCCCUCCCCUCCUGCCAUGGAAGCCUUUCCAUACAGCCAAUCUGAAGAUGAGAGCUCCAGCAUCCAAAAUGAAGAGGGUCCAAACACUGAGGGAGGCCCUGAAGAUGAUGCCGAUUUCUUGCUCCACAAAUCACUGCGUUCGAAGAUGAUGGAAAUGGUGGAGUUCCUGCUCCUGAAGUAUCGUGCAAAGGAGCCAACCACAAAGGCAGAAAUACUGAGUAGUGUCAUCAAAGAGCACCAGGACCACUUUCCUGAGCUCUUCAGUGCGGCCGUUGAGUGCAUUGAGUUGGUUUUUGGUGUUGUUGUGAGGGAAGUAGACCCCAGUACCCACACCUAUGUCCUGGUCACUGCCUUGGGGCUAACCUAUGAUGGGAUGGUGAGCGAUGAGCACAGAUUUCCCAACACAAGCCUCCUGGUGACACUUCUGUGUGUGAUCGCCUCAGGGGGUGAUUGUGCCACUGAGGAGAAAAUCUGGGCUGUACUGAAUGAUUUAGGGGUGCAUGAUGGGAAGGUACAUUGGCUCUAUGGGGAGCCCAGGGAGCUCAUCACCAAAGUUUGGGUGCAGGAACAGUACCUGGUGUACCGCCAGGUGCCCAAUAGUGAUCCUGCACGCUAUGAGUUCCUGUGGGGCCCCAGGGCCCACGCUGAGACCACCACGGUGGAAGCCCUCAAGUUUAUGCACACGGUUAAAUAG